ACCUGACACGUCAACGACCAGCAACAUGUUUAAGCAAGGAGUAACUAUACCGGCUAUUUCCCUCUCUGGUGCCGCCCUAUUUUUCUGGGGAUCGUCAUCUUCUACCCCGGCCUCACCUGCUCCAGCUGCUCCGGGAACUCCUUUAGGUGGUGCAUAUCCUGGUGGAUUUCCUUCCAAUGGAAAGAGCAACAACAGCGGUGUCAGCAAUAAAACCAACCCUACAGCUGUCAAUCCCGCUGAAUUUUUCAAGUAUGGAUUUCCUGGUCCUGUUCAUGAUAUGGCAACUCAUCAAGAGUUUGUGAGUGUUUUUGACAGACAGACAAGAAACCCAUAUUAUGUUGUUGAACACAUUACUCCUGAAUCUCUUAAAAGAAACGGGGAUAGUGGUGAUAGAAAGAACUCGGUAUUCAAAGAAGACGAGUCUAUUCCUGAUAAGUUUCGUGCCAGAUUGAGAGACUAUUUUAGAUCGGGUUACGAUAGAGGACAUCAAGCACCUGCAGCAAAUGCUAAAUUUUCACAAGUUGCAAUGGAUGAAACAUUUUAUUUGUCUAACAUGUCACCACAAGUGGGAGCCGGUUUCAACAGAGAUUACUGGGCUCACUUUGAAGACUUCUGCCGUCGUUUGACGGGUGAUUACAAUUCGGUAAGAAUUGUGACUGGGCCACUUUAUCUGCCCAAGAAGUGUGAAGAUGGUAAAUACAGAGUUAGCUAUGAGGUUAUCGGUAAUCCUCCAAACAUUGCUGUUCCAACACAUUUCUUUAAACUUGUUGUUGCUGAAAAGAAUAAAAAGAAAUCAUCAAACUCAGAAGAUUUGGCUAUUGCAGCUUUUGUGAUGCCAAAUGCAAUCAUCUCCAAUGAAACACCACUCAGAACAUUUGAGGUCCCUGUGGAAUCAUUAGAAAAAUCAUCUGGACUGGAAUUUCUUAAGCAAGUUCCAAAUGGUAAUAAGAAGGCCCUUUGUAAAGAGGUCACUUGUGAGAUCAUUGUUAGAGAAUUCAAUAAUGCCUUGCAAAAGAAAUGAAAGUUGUUACACUCCGAAAUGCAUUUAUUUAUUAACUUAAAUAACAUUAUUUAUUCAUUCUAGAUUUAUUCAUUCCUUUAGUUAUAUGUUUAUUUAUUCAUUCAUCUACUUAUUAAAAUUUCAAUAGAAAAAAUAGAAUUAUUAGAAAAUAUAGUCCAUUGUACGUGUCUCGAGCUCAUUCUGUGGGCAUGUAUUUCUCCUCGUACAGUCUAGCAAGUCGACUGACUUUACGUUCGCCUCUCCUCAC